UGCGCGCAGUACACAAAAAGCCUCGGAAAAUGUCGGAAGCAAGUAAGAGCAUUUCUCCGUGAUAAUAUCUUAAGAUAUUAUCUUAAGCAUGGCCAAGAAUCUGAAGGUCACUAGUUCGAGCCUCAGCUGAGGCAACGCGUUGUGUCCCUGAGCAACGCACUUAACAACACAUUGCUCUGCGACGACACCAGUGCCAAGCCGUAUGGGUCCUAAUGCCCGUCUCUUGGACAACAUCGGGGGCGUGGAGAGGGGAGACUUGCAGCUUUGGGCAACUGCCGGUCUCCCAUACAACCCUGCCCAGCCCUGCGCCCUGGAAGGCCCAAUCCAUGAUCUCACGAGACUAGCGGAUGUCUAUAUAAUAACAAACAAGAGAAAAUCUGCAGAUGCUGGAAAUCCAAGCAACGUACACAAAAUGGGGGCGGAACUCAGAAUUAGUACUCUUUUCCAUAGAUGCUGCCUGGACUGCUGAGUUCCUCCAGCAUUUUGUGUGUGUUGCUUGUUUGCUUGUUCUACCUCCUCUUGCUCUGGACCUUUCUACCCGUUAAAAAUGAUAAGGAAUUUGUCUGCAGGAAACUUGAACACAACACACCAGUUUUGCUGUCUCUGUCCAGAUAUUGAAGAAGUGGAGCAAGGGAUUUACUCGAUCAUCCUUCCUACUCAGACUAUGUGAAGCAAUUUACUCCAUCAUCUGACCAACUGACAUACCAGUCAUUUUACACAGGUGGAACCCAUUCAUCUGCUCAGACAGUGUGGAGGGAUUCACUCGAUCAUCUCAACUGUAGGUACAUCAGCGAGUUCACACUGGGCAAGGCCAUUCAUCUAUUCUCUGUGUGAGAAGGGAUUCAGUCGGUCAUCCCACUUGUGGACACACAGUCAUUUCCAAUUGCGCAGAGGCUGGUCAUCUGCUGAAUUUGUGGGGAAGGAUUCACUCGGUCAUCGGACUAAUGGCUCACCAGCAAGCUCACACUGGGGAGUGGCCUUACACCUGCUCAGACUGUGGGAAGGGAUUCAAUGAAUCAUUUCAACUGAAGGUACAUCAGAGAGUUCACACAAGGGAGAGGCCAUUCACCUGCUCCGUUUGUGGGAAAGGAUUCACUCAAUCAUCCGACCUACUGGUACACCAGCGAGUACACAUCGGGGAGCAGCCGGUCAACUGCUCAGCCUGUGUGAAAGGAUUCUCUUGUUCAUUUAAACUGAUGGUACACCAGCGAGUUCACACUGGGGAGAGGCCGUUCACCUGCUCAGUGUGUGGGAAGGGAUUCACUUGCUCAUCCCAACUGAAGGUACAUCAGAGAGUUCACACUGGCGAGAGGCCGUUCACCUGCUCAGACUGUGGGAAGAGAUUCACUCAGUCAUCUGAACUGAAGGAACCACUCUGUUUCUGGGAAGAGGUCUCCAACUCUCAGUGGAGUGCUCGAUGCUUCCUUGUCAACAUCUCAUCUGCUCAGAUUGUUCGGAUGCCUCCCAUGGAGGGUCAUACUCAUUCCACUGGUUAAUGCUUUCUUCCAUAGUGGUGAUUCAUUUUUCUGAGUUGGCCUUUCAUUUAAGUUUUCUGGUCUGUAUUUCUUAUCACGAUUGCAUAUACACACAUGGAGUGCAGAAUAUUGUUCAUUUUUGAUGGAAAUAUAUUCUUAAUUUUAUCUGACUGUUGUGUGAUUUCUUUUCAUGUGUGUUAUUUCUCUUCCUCCUUCUGUCCAAGCUAGUGUUAAUCUAAGUUGGUAUGGGUGUAGUCUUUUCUAAAGUUUUCUAAAAUUCUUAUUUAUCUUUGUAAAUUCUACAUUGAAAUGGGACCAAGAUAUUUUUAUAACAAAUAAUUCAAUGUCAGUGUUUAUUGCCUUUGUUGUGUUUGUUAACUAUUGAGCUCUGUUUGACAGGUUUUUUAAAGCCUUGAACUAAAUUCUGUGAAAGGUUUUCCCUAUUUUGCACUACUUCCUAUUUUCUUUGCUUCUUGAUAUUCCAGAUACGUGGGUAUGAAGAGUCCUGAUGAAGGGUCUUGGCCCAAAAUGUUGAUUCCCAUCCAUAGAUGCUGCCUGACAUGCUGAGCCCCUCCAGCACUUUGCGUGUAUUUAUCUAGAUUUCUAGCAUCUUCAGGUCCUUUUGUUUCCCAGAUGCUUACAUGUUUCUUGAAAGAACAAGCCAAUAACAAUCUGGUCAUGGGGUUGUGUGGCCCUGUUGUUAAAAUAUUCAAUAAGAUCAUUAGAAACAGAUGGCAUAGUGUUGGGAGUUGUAGAAACUGUGGGUAGAAUUAAGAAACAACAAAUGUAAAAAAAAAAUCCCUAAUGGGAAUUGUAUAGAGACCUCCAAACAGUAGUACGUAUGUGGUCCACAAAUUAGAAUGGGAGAUAGAAAAUGCGUGUCAAAAGGGCAGUGUUAUGGGGGAUUGUCAUGUAAGUGAUUAGGAUGGUGUUGGUCUCCAGAGGAGGAACUCCUAGAAUGCCUAUGAGAUGUUUUUUUGGAGGAGCUCAUGGUUGAGCCCACUUGGGGAUCAGCUAUUCUGGAUUGGGUGUUGUAAUGAACUGGAAUUAAUUAGGUCACUUAGGUUCAAAGAACCCUCAGGGGCAAGGGAUCUUAAUGUGAUCAAAUUCACCUUGGGAUUAGAGAAGGAGAAGCUAAAGUCAGAUGUGCAAUACAGAGAAUUAGAGAGACAUGAGAGAAAAAUUGGUCAAAAUUGAUUUAAAAAGUACACAGGCAGGGUUGAAAUCAAAGCAGCAAUGGCUGGAAUUUCUGGAAGUAAUUCGGAAGGCACAGGAUAUACACAUCACAAAGAGGAAGUAGUAUUGUAAUGGUAAGGUGACAAAACUGUGGCUGAUAAGAGAAACCAAAGACAACAUAAAAACCAAAGAGAUGGCUUAGAGCAAACAUUACUAGGAAGCUAGAUGAUUGGGAAGCUGUUAGAAACAAACAGACUGCAAUUAAAAUAAUUAAGAAGGAAACGAUGUAAAACAUAGAUGAGCUGGCCAGCAUUAUUAAAGAGGAUACCAUUUUUUUCUUCAAGUACAUAUAGUGUAAAUGAGAGGCUGAAGUGGAUAUCAGACCUCUGAAAAAUGAUGCUGGAGAAGUAGUAGUGGGGUCGGAGUGGAAGGAGAUGACAGAUGAACUGAAUAAGUUUUGUACAUCAGUCUUAUAUGUCGAAGACACUUGCAGGAAUAUGGAAGUCCCAAAUGUUGGUGGUCAGAAUGUUUAAAGUUACGUUACCCAGGAGAAGUUUCUUGGGAAACAGAUGGUCUGAAGGUAAAUAGGUCACCUGGACCAGGUGGUACACCAACCGGAGAUCUGAAAGAGAUGGCUGAAGAGAUAUGGAGGCAUUAGCAAUGAUCUUUCAAGAAUCGUUAAGGAAAUUUUCAGAAGUUUUCUGAUGACUCUGCCAUAAUUGGAUGCAUCAGCAAGGGAGAUGAGGCUGAGUGCAGGGCUACGGUGGGAAACUUUGUCACGUGGUGUGAGCAGAAUCAUCUGCAGCUUAAUGUGAAAAAGACUAAGGAGCUGGUGGUGGACCUGAGGAGGGCUAAGGCACUGGUGACCCCUGUUUCCAUCAAAGGGGUCAGUGUGGACAUGGUGGAGGAUUACAAAUACCUGGGGAUAUGAAUUGACAAUAAACUGGACUGGUCAAAGAACACUGAGGCUGUCUGCAAGAAGGGUCAGAGCCGUCUCUAUUUCCUGAGGAGACUGAGGUCUUUUAACAUCUUCCGGACGAUGCUGAGGACGUUCUGAGUGUCUGUGGUGGCCAGUGCUAUCAUGUUUGCUGUUGUGUGCUGGGAUAGCAGACACUAACAGAAUCAACAAACUCAUUUGUAAGGCCAGUGAUGCUGUGGGGGUGGAACAAGACUCUCUGACGGUAGUGUCUGAAAAGAGGAUGCUGUCCAAGUUGCAUGCCAACUUGGACAAUGUUUCCCAUCCACUCCAUAAUGUACUAUUUAGACACAGGAGUACAUUCAGCCAGAAACUCAUUCCACCGAGAUGCAAAACUGAGCAUCAUAGGAAGUCAUUCCUGCCUGUGGCCAUCAAACUUUACAACUCCUCCCUUGGAGUGUCAGACACCCUGAGCCAAUAGGCUGGUCCUGGACUAAUUUCCACUUGGCAUUAUUUACUUAUUAUUAUUUAAUUAUUUAUGUUUUUUUAUAUUGCUAUAUUUCUACACUAUUCCUGGUUGGUGUGACUGUAACAAAACCCAAUUUCCCUUGGGAUCAAUAAAGUAUGUCUGUCUGUCAUUGUAUACCAAGGAUUUUCUUCCUUCACUACUCCCCCCUCUCAGUUUCACCUAACACCUAUCACUUCUUCCAUCCCUUUCACCCCCACACUUCUUCUUCUGACGUCUCAUCUUUUUCUCCCCCAGUCCUGACGAAGGGUCUCGCCCGAAAGGUGGACUGUUUACUAUUUCCCAUAUCUGCUGCCUGGCCUCCUAGGUUCCCCCAGCAUUUUGUGUAUGCGUUGUUUGGAUUUCCAGCAUCCACAGAUUUUGUCCUGUUUUUGAUAAAAACAAAAGCGGGGUCAUAUAAUACAGCAAGAAAAUAGUGGGAAGUUAGAGGAUUUGAAAGCUUUUACAUGACCACCAGGAGACAACUAAAAGAAAAACACACAGGAGAGACAAGAUGAAAAAUUAGGGUAAGUGAGCCAUAAUAUCAAGUAUCAAAAGUUGUUCAGCUGUAUAAGGAGUAAAAGAGAGGAACGAGUUGACACUGUACCGCUGGAAGAUGAUUUUGGUGAAACAGAGUAAAGAAAUAGAGGCCAAACAUAACAAGUAUUUUGGGUUAGUCUUCACUGUGUAAGACACUAGCAGUAUAAGAUCAUAAGACAUUGGAGCAGAAUUAGGUCAUUCAGCCCAUCAAGUCUGCUCUAUCAUUCUAUCAUGGCUGAUCCCAGUUCUCACUCAACCCCAUGCACCAGCCUCCUCGGCAUAUCCUGUAAUUCCCUGACUGAUCAGCAAACUAUUAGCUCCUGCGUUAAAAGUAACCACCGACUUGGCUCCUGCCACCGUCUGUGUCAGAGAAUUCCACAGAUUCACUGCUCUCCGGCUAAAUAAAAUGCUCCUGAACUACUCUAAAAGAUCGCUGCUCAGUUUUGAGGCUGUGCCCUCUGUUAUGGCUACCCCCACCAUAUGAAAAGUCCUCUCCUUUUCCAGCUCAUCUCGACCUUUCCACAUUCGGUGGUUUUCAGUGAGAUUUAACACCCUCCCCCACCCCGCAUAUAUUAAGCAAAGGUCAGUGCAAGAGUACAGGCCCAAGGCUAGCAAACACGCCUCAUAACUUAACCCCUUCAUUCCCGGAAACAUCCUCUGGAUUGCAUUUGCCUUCUUUACCACAGACUCAACCUGUAAAUUAACCUUCUGGAAGUCUUGCCCGAGGACUCAUAUUUCCUUCUGUUCUUCAGUUGUUUGAACCUUCUUCCCAGUCAGAUAAUAGUUCACUAUUGUUCCUUUUGCCCAAAUGCAUUAUCAUACAUUUCCCAAUAUUGUAUUCCAUCUGGAAAUUUUUUGCCAAUUCUUCAAAUUUGUCUGUGUCCUGCUGCAAACAUAUUGCUUCCCCAGCACUAAUAACGCCUCCAUCUUUGAAUCAUCUGCAGACCUUGCCACAAAGCCAGCAAUUCCAUUAUCCAAAUCAUUGACAAAUAAUUUGAAAAGCAGCGGACCGAUUACUGCCCCAUGAAGACCACUAGUCACUUCUAGCCAACCAGAAAAGGCUCCUUUAAUUCCCACUCGCUCCCUCUUGGCUGUCAGCCAUUCUGCCUAUCCAUGCUAGUAUUUCUUCUGAUUUUUAUCCUGUUAAACAGUCUCAUGUGUGACACCUUGUCAGAUGCCUUCUUAAAAUCCAAAUAAAUUAUAUCCACUGUCUCUCGAUUGUCUGUCCUGCUAAUGACUUCCACGAAGAACUCUAACAGAUUUGUCAGGCAAGAUUUCCCUGCACAGAAGCUAUGCUGGCUUUGACUUAUUUUAUCAUUAGUCUCUGAGUACCCUGAAACCUCAUCUGUUAUAAUAGACUCAAACACUUCCCCAGCAUGAGGUUAGGCUAACUGGACUAUAACUUGCUUUCCUUUGCCUUCCUCCCUUCUCAAAGAAUCGAUUGACAUUUGCAAUCUUCCUGUCCUCUGGGACCAUGCCUGAAGCAAGUGAUUCUUGGCAGGUCAUGACCAGUGCUGGGUAAAUCUCCUCUGCACCCUUUCAAUCAUAUCCACAUCCUUCCUGUAGUGAGGCAACCAGAAUUUAGCAAAUUACUCCAAGUGGGGUCAGACCAGGGUCCGGUAUACCUGCAACAUUACCAAUCAGCUCUUAAACUAAAUCCCACAGAAGGCCAAUGCACCGUAUGCCUUCUUAUCCACAGAAUCAACCUGCAUAGCAGCUUUGAGUGUCCAAUAGACUCGGACCCCAAGAUUCCUCUGAUCCUCCACACUACCAAGAGUCUUACCAUUAUUGCUAGAUUCUGCCAUCAUAUUUGACCUACCAAAAUGAACCACCUCACACUUUUCUGCGCUGAUCUCCAUUUGCCGUUUCUCAGCCUAGUUUUACUUCCUAUCAAUAUCCUGCUGUAACCUCUGAUAGUCAUCCACACUAUCCAGAACAUCCCCAACUUUUGUAUUACCAGCAAAUUUGCUAACCCAUCCCUCAUCCGUUAUUUAUAAACAUCACGUAGAGUUGGGGUCCCAGAGCAGAUCCCUGAGGCGCUCCACUGGUGACCGACCUCCAUGCAGAAUAUGAACCAACUACAACCACUCUUUGCCUUCUGUGGGCAAGCCACUUCUGGAUCUGCAAAGCAAUGUUCUCUUGGAUUCCAUGCCUCCUUACAUUCUCAAUAAGCCUUGCAUGGGGUACCUUGUGAAAGAUCAUCUGAAAAUCCAAGCGAAAAACAUCCGUUGCUUCUGCUUUAUCUAUCUUGCCUGUUAUUUCCUCAAAGUAUUCCAAGUGAUUUGUCAGACACUAUUUUCUCUAAAGGUAUCCUGUUGACUUUGGCCUAUUUCAUCAUGCAUCCCCAAUUACAGUACCCAAAAACACUCACCCUUAAUACACUCUAACAUCUUCCUGACCACUGAGGUUAGACUAACUGUCCUAUAUUUUUUUUUCUUCUGCCCUCCCUCACUUCUUAAAGAGUGGAGUGAUAGUUGCAACUUUCCAGUCUGCUAGAACUGUUCCAAAAUCUAGUGAUUUGUGAUAGAUCAUUACUCAUUACUUUAAGAGAAUACUUAGGGGGAGCUUCUUCAUUCAGAAUCGGAGCGUGUGCAAUGAGCUGCCAGAGCAAGUUGCAGGGAUGAUUUCAACCAUUAAGAGACAUUUGCUUGUGUCCAUGGAUGGGAAGUAUAUGGAGGGCUAUGGUCCAGGUGGAAGUUGUUGGAACUCGGCAGAUUAAUGCUUUAGGACAGACAAGAUUUUUCUGUGCUGUAGUAUUCUAUGACUUCACAAUCUCUUCAGCUACCUCUUUCCGCACACUGGUGUGUUCACUUUCAGGCGUUUCAGCUUCCAAAACGCGUUUUCUCCUUUGUAAAAGCAGUCAAUCUGCAGGAGAAUUUGGAAAGUCAGAUUGGUGUGAGAUCACAAGAGAGGGAAUGUACUGAAUGCUUACGAAAUGGAUUUGUAGAGAAGCUGAUGGUUGAGCCUACUCGGGGAACUGCUAUCUUAGAUUGGGUGUUGUGUAAUAACCCAGAUCUUAUUAGGGAAGUUAAUGUAAAGGAACCAUCAGAAGGCAGUGAUCAUAAUGAUUGAAUUCCAACUGCAGUUUGUGAGGGAGAAACAUAGGUCACAUGCAUAGUAUUGCAAUGGAAUAAAAGCAAUUACAGAGGCAUGAGAGAGGUGAUUCCCCAGGUGGAUUUGAGAAGGAUGCUGGUGGGGAUGACGUCAAAGCAGAAAUGGCUGACGUUUCUGGGAAUAGUUCAUAAUGUACAGAAUAGGUCAUAAUGUCCGGCAGUAGUAGUUCGCAAACAGCGGUGCUAGGCUACCAUGGCUGACAAAGGAAGUUAUGGACAACAGGCAACUGAAAAAAAGCUAUAUGAAGGGGAAAGGUGAAAUAUCAGAGCAAACUAGACAAUAAUAUACACUAUUUUAAAAAUGCGAAAGGGAGGUAAUAGUUUAUUUUGGACCUCUGUAAAAUGAUGCUAAUGGGGUAGAAAUGGGGAAAAGAUGGUAGAUGAACUUGAUGGCUACUUUGCAUCCGUCUUCUCUGUGGAAGACACAGCAGUGUGCCAGAGAUCCCUGAGCAUCAGGGAGCAGGAGUGAAUGUCAUUGUUAUUACAAAGAAAAACGUGCGAGGCAAACUCAGGUUCUUACAGUGGAUAAGACACCUGGACCAGAUGGAGUAUAUCCCAAAGUCCUGUGUAACGUUUAAGAAACAAACCAGCAGCAAUACAGUUCACACCAGAGUCUGGUUUUGAUGUUAAAACCAUUAUCUUUAUUAGUAACUACUUAUAAAAUUGUAAGUUAAACAAAUUAAACAAAAGUUAACAGUGUUAUAAGUAUAAUUAUGUGUAAAUAUAUCUCCUAAACUAUUGAGCCUGGGGUAUUAAGGCUUAGAGUCUUGAGAUGGUGACAUAGGAAAUUUCAGUAAUCCAAGGAAUAAAUGAUCAGAGAGUGAUGUUUGUAGUCCAGGGUAAAUGUAGAGAGAAGGCAAUUAUGUCGAAUUCCACAGGUAAACACAAACCAUCAUCGAAGAUCUUGUCCGUUGAAUCGAUCAAAAAUCCACUUCGAAAUAUCACCAGUGACCUGUCAGACGAAUGUCGUCUUCAAGUGACUACCACAUAACAUAUCCAGGUAAGGGUUAACUUCAAGUGGUCCCAAAUUACAUUCCUAAAUCUACUCCUUUGGAUUAUACGAAGUGACAGACACACAUUCUGGAGCAAACCUUGCCCUGGCAGUUCUUAAAUAAAUGUCUAACUCAGACUACGAGAGUGGCUGUUCUGUCUCCCUCGUUCUGAGUGUGAGUGUGUGUGUGUGUGUGUGUGUGUGUGUGUGUGUGUGUGUGUGUGUGUGUGUGUGU